UGUGGAUACUGAAGAAUGGAAAUAGUUGAUGCAAGCUUCCUCGGGAAUGGUACCAACAUUACUGCUUUCCUGUGCAAUAUCAUCUUCGAAAAUGACACUUUUUACUGUGUGGAUGAUCCACCUUAUCCUUCUAAAGAUUUGCAUCAGAUAAUUCGAAUUCUGCUGUAUUGCUUGAUAUUCUUGCUCAGCAUUUUGGGGAACAUUCUGGUAAUUACGGUGCUGAUAAGAAACAAGCGGAUGAGAACGGUCACCAACACGUUUCUGCUGUCACUAGCAGUCAGCGACCUGAUGCUCUGCCUUUUCUGCAUGCCUUUCACCCUCAUUCCCAACCUGCUGAAAGAUUUUAUUUUUGGUAGUGCUGUUUGCAAAACUGCCACUUAUUUCAUGGGUGUCUCUGUAAGUGUAUCAACAUUCAACCUGGUUGCCAUAUCUUUGGAGAGAUACAGUGCCAUUUGCAAACCGCUGCAGUCCAGGGUCUGGCAGACAAAAUCUCAUGCCUUGAGAGUGAUUACUGCUACCUGGUGUGUCUCCUUCACUAUCAUGUCACCAUACCCAAUCUACAGCAAACUGGUACCUUUCACCAAGUAUAACAACACCACAGCAAAUAUGUGUCGGCUCAUUUGGCCCAGUGAUGUCAUUCAGCAGUCUUGGUACACUUUUCUGCUGCUCACACUCUUUCUUAUUCCCGGGAUUAUAAUGAUGGUUGCGUAUGGCCUAAUUUCUUUGGAACUCUACAGAGGAAUAAAAUUUGAAGCCAACCAGAGAAAAUCUUCACGAGAAAGAAAAAUAACUACCUGCAGUGCCAAAUAUGAGGAUGGAGAUGGAUGUUACCUCAACAAAAGCAGAAGAAAAAGGAAAAUGCCUUUGCAUCAGCUCUCUGCUAUGAGCCACAGCAAAAUAGAGAGGGUGAGAAGCAAUAGCUCUUCUGCCAAUUUAAUGGCCAAGAAACUUGUGAUCCGUAUGUUGAUGGUGAUAGUGGUUUUGUUUUUCAUUUGCUGGACUCCCAUCUUCAGUGUCAAUGCCUGGCGCGCGUUCGACACCGCUUCAGCAGACCAGCGUCUCUCAGGGGCUCCCAUCUCCUUCAUACACUUGUUGUCCUACACUUCUGCUUGUGUGAACCCCAUCAUAUACUGCUUCAUGAACAAGCGUUUCCGCAUGGGCUUUCUGGCCACUUUCACCUGCUGUGCAAAGCAGAGCCCCCCUGCCAGCCGGGGAGAGGCUGCUGAUGAAGAGGAGGGGAAGACGACAGGGGCUUCUCUCUCCAAAUGUUCUUACACACACAUGACUGCGUCUGCACCGCCCUGA